GGGGCACAUGCAUUGAAGCCUCGUCCGCCGAACACAGAACGUUAUAAGCGCCACACGCGUUUGCAGGAGCAAUUGUCGGCGAUUUAAAUCGAAAACAAUUGAUACGGGCGCGGUGCGGCAGCCAUCGAAACUAGAAUCGGAAUCAAAGAGCGCUAAAUCGGAAUCACUGUCCUAAGUAAAAGUAAAGUGUAUUGUGUAACCUGUCGAGACGACAGAAUGACAAUAGGCCAAAAGGAGGCGACGUGGGGCAGGGUGGGCUGCCAAUGAUCAUAUGAUUGCCUAGAGCGGAAAAAUACCCAAAAACAUAGCAGUCGGCGAGGCAUUUCGUUGCCAGAAACGAAAACAACAAUACGUAAAAUCGAAAGGACAAAGUAUAUUUUGCCCUGGUAUUCUCCAUCUCCCCACCAACCAACAUGUACACAAUCAACAAGGGACCCAGCAAAAUCGUUGCUAAAACGCGUCGCGGCCUGGCACAAAAUUUUGAAAAAUUCGAAAGCAUCAAGGAGAGCGGCCGCAGGAACGCCAGUUUCGACCUGAACAGUCCCGAGGAGCACAAAAACAUACCGCGUCCGGUGUUUCAACAGAGUUUCGCUUCCAAGCGGAUAACGCCAACCAAACUGAUCGAGGAUGAGGUGAUAACGCCGCAGCAUGAGGAAAUAAUACGUUACAUAAAUGACUCCUGGAACAUGCUGGUGGCGCAGAACCCCUACGACUCGAACUCAACCGCCAAGCCUGUGGAGAAGCCGGUGGCGGAUGCCAACAACAACAGCGCCGCCAGUCCCGUGGAGAGCAUAAUGGCCAACAGCCCGGUGCCCGCAGCCUCGACAGCCACUGUGUGGGUGGAGCCGCCGAGUCCAGCGCUGCAGGACUUCAAGCCCUUCGACCUGGAGUCGUGGUGGGGCCGUCGCCUCUUCCAGAACAUCACCAAGAGUCUCUAGGAUGGAUCGAAAGGGCGAAUGAGGGGCAGAGCCUGCUCUUUGGCAAUUCCUAGCUAGCCAGUGCUUCCUUCUGUGCAUGUACGUUCGACUGGACAUGGACAAACUCACACUAGACUAUGGAUACAGAGAUACACGUAUCUAUGUGGACGAAAGGAGAUGAGACGAGACACUUGCGUAGUUUUCGGCUAGUGGCUAAGUAGAUAUCACUUUGGAUGUUAGUGACUAGGAGGCCUCCGAGGUGAGAAGUUAUCACCUGGCUUAGGUUCUUCUCGCUUUUAAGUGUGUAAAUGAAGUAAAUUAAGAGUCGUCGCCGUUAGCCAGUGUAAAUAAUACGAUUUCUGACUUACAAUUAAGAAUGUGUUAUAGAGUUUUAAGAAACGUGUCAUCUGGAUUGCUUGCCAGUUUUUUAAAGUCAACACUCGUGUGAAUUGUAUAAAGCAUAAGGUUCAAACUAACAUCAAAUUGUUGCAACCCAUUUUGGUUUUACUCAUUUUUGUAAAUGCCGCUUCCAGUCAAAACAUUUGCCUGUACAUACUAAAAUAAUUGGAUUUUAUUACGUCAACUCUAGUUAAGAUUUAGGAAUUGGUUGAGCCGAUUUCUCGCCACUGGCGUCGCCUGUAUUUAGUUUCUCACUAUAGGACGUUUUAUGUUUAGCAUAAAUAAAAAAUUCACCAUGUUGCAAAAUAAUAUUCGCUUUGAA